GCAACUAUCAUCACUUGUUCUGUUUCUUCAGUCAUCUACUCACAAGUUUUUUUUUUGACAUGAGAACUAAUUUCGCUUCUGCGCUCCUGGUGGGUGGCAUCACUUUUCCUUACCUCUCUUGCGCCCAAAAGUUUGUUCAAGUCCCCAUAGUGCGAGUGAGCAAUGGCGACGCUUUCGUUGCAGCAGUCAACGUUGGUGUUGGCAACCCACCGCAGAAUAUGACCGCCAUCUUAGACACAGGCAGCAGUGACUUCUGGGUGCCGGCAAGCGGGAGCAAGCUCUGCGCCGAUCCUAAAAAUCAAUGCGUUGCAUCCGACAAGAAGUUCUCGACAGGCUCUUUUGCUUCCAACAGCUCUACUACCUUUGUGGCAGGCACGCCGAAUUUUUUCGCGGACUAUACUGGCGGCGUGGAUGUCAAUGGGACAUUUAUGCAAGAUACGAUUCGUCUGGGAACUUCGGAACUCAAGAACAACACCAUGGGCUUGAGUACCCAGGGCUUUCUACCCACCGCCCUCUUCCCGGUUAUGGGGAUUGGUUUUGCAGCUCAGGAGUUCUCUGCGACGGAGCAGAACCCAACGCCAUAUGAGAACAUCCCCUUGUCCAUGAAAUCAGCAGGGUUGACCAAUACCGCUGCGUACGGUAUCUACCUCAACGAUUUCAGAUCCGCAGAAGGUUCCAUCAUCUUUGGCGGUAUGGACACGGCCAAAUUUACCGGCAACAUGACCAUGUUUCCCAUACUCGAAAACAACAAUGGGCAAGCCACCGACUUUGUAAUCUCAACCACCUCUCUCGCAAUCACCGGAGGCGCCAACGGCAAACGCGUCACCACGAACAUAGCUCUCCCCGGCAAACAAACCCCCGUACUUCUAGAUACCGGAAACCCUUCAAUCGACGUCCCGCUCUCCGCCGUGAACGCGAUCGGGACCGCGCUCAACGCGAAUCCAGGCGCGGACGGCUCGAUGCAGGUCACAUGUGAUACAGCCAACAAGGGACUUAGCAUGGCCUUCGGGUUCAUGGAUACCACGAUCCAGGUCCCGAUUGCGAUGAUGCUCACGCCCGCCACGAAUAAGGAUGGGACGCAGGCAAAAGACAACAAUGGGAACACCUUGUGCAUCGUUCCGGUAAAUCCGACCGCGAACGAAGAUGAUCUGCUGUCGUAUGGAGCCCCGUUUUUCUCGGCAGCCUAUGCUGUGAUGGAUUUGCAGAACAAGAAGAUUGGGCUUGCGCAGGCGAAGGUGAAUGCGACGGAGUCGAAUAUUCAGGAGAUUACUGCUCAAGGUGGCAAUUCUUCUGCAGCGGUAAACGCUGAGAUUGUUCCUAGAAGCUGGAAGUCGAGGAGAAAUAUGCAUAGGGCUUCAUUAGUGUGAGGACUAAGAGUGACAGACUCAUGCAUGCCGUAAUCAAGAGAAUUUAAAACACAUGGUUUUGCAGGAUGCGCGAGUUUCAAAUCUCUGCUGUAGAUGGAUUCAAAACUAUAUAUGCUCCUAAAUAUCCACUCUAUUUUGUACAUCUAGUUAGCAACAAUUUAAUCAUUAAUCUACAACUAAAAGUCUUACGAGGGAGAAUACGCCCUAAUUUGACUUAUUUCA